GGGCUGUCCCGUGCCGGGUGGCCGUGCCGUGCCAUACUGUGCCGUGCCGGGGCCUGCAUUGAGCUCCCAGUGGCACCACGGCACAUCAGGGGCUCGUCCCCAAGUGCCACCCGGUCCCACCACUGCACCCUCUCACCCCACCGGGGCGAGCCGGCAGUUCCUGCCCCACCGGCAGCACACUCCGUAAUUAGUGCGGGCAGGGCACGGAAGCACCGUUGAUAAUUGGCGGUGACUCGUUAGCGCUGGAGCGCCGCGUGCCCGGGGCGCGGCAGGACUUUCCGGCAGGGCUGGUCGGCGGGGCCGCCUGGCGUCCCGGUGCGCCGGGGCCGUGCGGGUGCCCGCUGCCGCAGCGGGGCCGGGGCUGGGCGAGGAGGGCGCGGAGGCGAGCGUCGGCAUCGCCCUCGCUUCAUGUCGCGGCACGCCGCGGCCCUGCCGCCCCUUCGAUAAAAGGCACGGCCGCGGGCCGGCGUCGGGGCGCUGCCGGCGGAGACGGGACGGCGCCCGCGGCACCAUGAACCGGAUCACGGUGUACGAGCGCACCAACUUCGAGGGGCUGAGCCGGGAGUUCACCUGCGACGUGCCCGACCUGCACGAGCUGGACUUCGGGAACUGCAUCGCCUCCCUGAAGGUGGUGGGGCAGCCCUGGAUCGCCUACACGGAGCCCAAGUACGAGGGGGAGCCGCACGCCUUCGAGGAGGGCGAGUACCCCUCGGUGGGGCGGCCCAACAGCUUCUCGGCGCUGCGCCUCGUGCACGACGACCUGGGGGACCCCCAGAUCACCCUGUACGAGCGCCCCAACUUCCAGGGGGCCUGCAAGGUGGUGACGGAGGAGACCAACCUGGCCUACGGCUACUUCAACGACCGCGUGGCCUCGCACGUGGUGCAGCGAGGGGUCUGGCUGCUCUACCAGCACCCCGGCCGCGGGGGCUGGCACUGCCUGGCCUGGCCCGGCGAGCGCCUCGCCGACUACAAGCCCGAGCUGAACUUCCAGGCGAGGCUCUCCCACCUGCGCCCGCUGCGGCCGGGGCGGCCUCUGGUCUCGGCGCGCCUGCUGUGGGAGCAGAAGCGGGUGGAGGCCGAGCGGGAGGUGCUGGUGGACGAGAUCGUGGGGGUGAACGAGACGGCGGCGGAGCAGGCGCUGGCGGCCGGCAGCACGCGGGAGUACAGCACCACGCUCUGGCAGAGCUUCCACUUCAGCAACGCCACCAGCCUGAAGGCCGGGCUCUCCUUCACGCUGGCCGUGGAGGCCUCCAACGUCUUCACGGUACAGAAGGGGCGCAGCGAGUCCAGCACGCGGCGGGAGCGGGUGGAGGUGCAGCUGCCGGCCAAGAUCCCCCCGCGCACGGCGCUGAGCAUCCGCGUGCUGCGCAAGGAGGUGACGCUGUCCGUGCCCGUGCUGCUCACCGUCACCCAGAACGAGGCGGUGCGCACCGAGCUGGGCGAGUACCGCAGCGUCUCGGGCACCAACAUCAGCGCCCACUUCAGCAUGAAGCCUCUGCCGGCCGCCGGCACGGAGCCGGGGGCCGCGGAGGGGACGGAGAAGGUGCCCGACGGGUGCUGAGCCCGUGCCCUGCUCGAGGUGUGGGUGUGUGGCCGUGGGGACA